AUGUUCAAGUUGUGCGUGUGUGGUCUUUCGGCCGUGAAUCGACCUCAAGUGAUGAUGCUUCAACCAAGCAACUCUUCCCACCGUGGUACAAAGUCCUCCAGCAUCCAAGCUACCAGUUUUUUGGUUACAAAUUUCCUACGAUUCGCCGGGUUGGAAAGCUGGCAAGCUCAAAGUGAUAACGCCCAGACGUCCGGUCUUUCACCGAUGGAACCCAUCCUUGCAAGUGAUUCCGGAGAAGUCAAACUUGCCUCGGUUGAACAGCUCUUAGAAGCGAUGCUACAAAUCGAUGACUAUUGCGCUGCGAUAGACUUACCAUUGGCCACUCCUUGCGAGGAUUCAUCCGAAUACGAAGGUGUUUUUGUUGGAAAAUUAGCCACUCUAGUUAUCCAGAGAGUGCUCGACUUACAUUCUACCUGCAACCACACAGAGUGGACAACACGUCGUCAUGCGCCUGGAGGGCAUGCAGUAGAAACUUCACCCAACCAACUGACUCCUAAGACCCCAAGUUUUAUCGUCCACGAGAUAAACAACGCACGAGCUUCAAGUAAAAGUUACAUUUAG